UUCUAAUCCACUAAGGGGAUAGAAGGGGUUGAUGUUAAUGUCGGGGGCCGAGAUGCUUCGGGUGGUGCGUAUGGCAAUCCUCCUCGAGAUGUCCUCUCCGAAGUGAUUCGUCCGAGGUGAAGUUUGGCCUAGGGAGUCCGUUUCUUCUCUCCGGGUCAGGCUUUCUGGUUGGGCCGCUCAUAUGUCUCGAAAGUAUGUGGGUCGAGGACCCGAGCCCAUAUACUCUAUCAGAAAGAUAGUGAGGAUGAGACGUGAUGAAUAUGGUGAAGUAGUUGGAAGUAGAAGAUGAUUUAGAUGGAUUGAGGAAAAUAAGAUGGAGUAAGGAAGAAUAAUGAAUUGAUGAUGAUAAAUAUGGUGGAGAUGAAAGUAUAUGAAGUGGAUGUGAAGAUGAUGAAAAUGGAAGAAAAAAGAAAAGGUAGUGGGGAGAAAAAGAAUGAGGUGGAGAUUUAAUUAGGUAGAAUAUAAAAUUAGAAUGAUAAAAUUUUGGGAAAAGUACGGAUAGCCUACCUGUGGUUAAAGUCAUUUACGGAGAGGGUCAUGAGUUUCAUUUUUUCCCAAACACAUAAUCGUGGUUUCCUUCCGUUAGCACCACAGGGGUCUCAGCCCAUUGGCCGUUAAAAAUUAAUGACGUGGACACUUAUUCCCUCAAAAUGGAGGCCGCGUGGGUGUAUUUUUUCCAGGUCAGACAAAUUAUUUUAAUUAGCUACAGUGAUGGGUUUAGAGCGUGUUAUUACAAUCAAACGACAAAUUAGGUUGAAGGUUUGGCGGUCGAAGAAGAAGCUCGGUCCAAAAAUCUUGCUGCUCUUUAUCAAGCUGGUAAUGGAUGAUGAGCACGUGAACCUGUGGAUUCACCAUGGUGGGAAAUGGGAUUGUCCGAAAAAGAAGAAACAAUAUUUGGGAGGUGAGGUGAAGAUAAUGGAGAAUGUGGACAUAGACUUCCUUAGUAAGUUUGAGUUUGAAGGGUAUGCUCAGGAUUUGGGUUAUAUCAAUGGGGUAGAUAUGUGGUUUAGAAGGUUUAGUGAGAUGUGUGGGCCUGUUUCUUUGCAACAAAUUGGUUGUGAUAAAGAUGUGAAGGACAUGUUGGUUUGCAAGAUAAUGGACCCACACAUUGAUGUGUAUUUUGUUUCUAAAAGUAGUAAAA